UGACGCCGCACGCUUUUCCCACCAUGCAACGUUCGAGUAAAGAUGGCCGAAGGAGGAGCGGCUGAUCUGGAUACUCAGAGAGGAGAGAUCACGACACUAUUGAAAACACAGCUUAGGAAAGGGGACACCUGGUAUUUAGUGGACAGUCGCUGGUUCAAACAGUGGAAGAAAUAUGUGGGAUUUGACAGCUGGGAUAAAUACCAGAUGGGGGACCAGAAUGUUUACCCCGGACCGGUGGAUAACUCUGGCCUACUCAAAGAUGGGGAUGUGCUGGCCAUCAAGGACCACCUCAUCGAUGAGCUCGACUACAUCCUGGUCCCUGCCGAAGGCUGGAAUAAACUUGUCAGCUGGUAUGGACUGUCAGAAGGUCAGGAACCAAUCGCACGCAAGGUGGUGGAGCAGGGUAUGUUUGUGAAGCACUGUAAGGUAGAGGUGUACCUGACAGAGCUGAAGCUUUGUGAGGACAGCAAAAUGGACAAUGUAAUCACCAGACGCUUCAGUAAAGCUGACACAAUAGACACGAUAGAGAAGGAGAUGAGGAAGCUGUUCGGUAUCCCAGAUGAGAAGGAGACGAGGCUGUGGAACAGAUACAUGAGCAACACCUUUGAGCCUCUAAACAAACCGGACAGCACCAUCCAGGAUGCCGGCCUCUACCAGGGACAGGUUCUUGUAAUAGAGCAGAAGAGUGAAGACGGCACGUGGCCCCGAGGCACCAUGGCAACCAAGUCAUCUGGUGCUUCCAAUCUCUCUGCUUUGCCAAAGAUCUCGCCUUCAUCUCUCACAAACAAUCAUAACAGCAGCUUCAACAGCAGGAAUGUGAAGAACUCCAGCUAUAGUUUACCGACCUACUGCAACAGCUACGACUACCCAGACCAGAGCAGACCGAGUGAGCGCUUGGGUCUCUGUGGGCUGUCCAACCUGGGCAACACCUGCUUCAUGAACUCUGCCGUGCAGUGUUUAAGCAAUAUCCCUCCGCUGACGGACUACUUCCUCAAAGACAAGUACAAGGAUGAGCUGAACGAGGACAACCCCCUGGGCAUGAAGGGGGAGAUCGCCAGAGCCUACGCUGAGCUCAUCAAGCAGCUGUGGUCAGGGAAAUUCAGCUACGUCACCCCACGACCCUUCAAGACCCAAGUGGGCCGCUUCGCCCCCCAGUUCUCAGGUUACCAACAGCAGGACUCUCACGAGCUUCUGGCCUUCCUCCUGGACGGCCUUCACGAAGACUUGAACCGAAUCAGGAAGAAGCCCUAUAUCCAGCUCAAGGAUGCUAAUGGCCGACCUGAUAAGGUGGUGGCAGAGGAGGCGUGGGAGAACCACAUCAAGAGGAACGACUCCAUCAUCGUGGACAUCUUCCAUGGCCUUUUUAAGUCUACUCUAGUGUGUCCCGUGUGCUCCAAGGUCUCUGUGACCUUUGAUCCAUUCUGCUACCUAACGUUACCACUACCCAUGAAGAAAGAGCGAACACUGGAGGUUUACCUGGUCAGAUUGGAUCCUCUGGCCAAACCUACUCAGUACAAGCUGACCGUGCCAAAGGUGGGCUACAUUUCUGACCUGUGUACCUCCCUCUCCAGCUUGUCUGAGGUGCCUGCUGAGAAGAUGAUCGUAACGGACAUCUACAAUCACCGUUUCCACCGGAUCUUCGCCACAAAUGAGAACCUCAGCAGCAUCAUGGAGCGAGAUGAUAUUUACGUCUUCGAGGUGGCUGUGAACAGAAUGGAGGACACGGACCACGUGGUCAUCCCGGUCCACUUGAGGGAAAAGUACAAACAGUCUGGUUAUAACCACACCAGCACGCCGCUGUUCGGACUGCCCUUCCUCAUCGCUGUCCCAAGAUCGCUGAGUGAAGAUAAGCUCUACAACAUGCUGCUCCUGCGUCUCUGCCGGUUUGUUCGAUCUUCUGUGGACGAAGAUGAGGACAAUGAAGAGACGCAGCUGUCUAAACAACACACUGUGAAUGGAAAUGCCACUAAUGGGGUGCUGGAGGAGGGAUCGCCCAGUGAGAUGGAGACGGACGAGCAGGACGACGAGUCGAGCCAGGAUCAGGAGCUGCCAUCGGAGAAUGAAAACAGCCAGUCUGAGGAUUCUGUGGGCGGGGACAACGAGCUGGAGAACGGUGUGGUCACGCCACAGAUCUCCAGCAAAGGGGAGCAAACAGUCGGGCCCACCAGGAAGAGACUUUUCACAUUCCAGUUUAAUAACAUGGGCAAAACGGACUUCUCGCUCAUCAAGGAGGACACCAAGCAGAUCCGCUUUGACGAAGGACACCUCCGACUCAGUGAUCGCUCUUAUCUGUCUUUGGACUGGGAGCCAGAAAUCAAGAAGAAGUAUUUUGAUGAGACGGUCAUCGAGGACUGUGACAAACAUGAGAGCAUGGAGUACAAGCCUCAGAAGAAGGCUUUCGUUAAGCUGAAGGACUGCAUCGAGCUGUUUACUACGAAGGAGAAACUGGGAGCAGAGGACCCCUGGUACUGUCCAAACUGCAAGCAGCACCAACAGGCCACAAAGAAGCUGGACCUGUGGUCCUUACCACCGGUGCUGGUGGUCCAUCUGAAACGCUUCUCCUACAGUCGCUACAUGAGGGACAAGUUAGACUCACUGGUGGAUUUUCCUCUCAGAGAUCUGGACAUGUCUGAGUUCCUGAUCAACCCAAACGCCGGGCCGUGUCGCUAUGACCUCAUCGCUGUGUCCAACCACUACGGCGGGAUGGGAGGAGGCCACUAUACUGCUUAUGCUAAGAACAAAGGUGAUGAGAAGUGGUACAACUUUGAUGACAGCAGCGUGUCUCCUGCCAGCGAAGACCAAUGCGUGUCCAAAGCAGGCUACGUGUUGUUCUAUCAGCGCCAGGACACGGUCAAAGGCACCGGUUAUUUCGCUCUGGACCGUGAGGAGGAGGAGGAGGAGGAGGAAGAGGAGGAGGAGGGUGAGGAGGAAAACGAGUCAGAGGAGCUACAGGAGAGUAAGAGUGUCGCGUUUGCUCAAGAGGCGUCUGCCUGUGCCGCCACUCAAAGCGAUGAUGAGGAGGAGCUAAAUGAGAACAGGAACAGGCAAACUAACCAGGAAGGUGAAAGGGAGGAGGAGGAGGAAGAGGAGGAAGAGGAGGAGGAAGACGAGGAGGAACAUGCAUCUAACAGGGACAUAACCAUGAAAAUCAACUGAGAGAUGAAAGGACGAAAUCUUUCCAUCCAAAGCCAUAAGGACACAGUGGCGGCAGCCGCCACCGGUCCCACCCAGCGGUUUGUACUCAGCCGCUUGACGAGCAGGACCGCUGCCGGGACGACGGCUGUCCGGUCAGAGAGCUGCUGCGGUACGCAGAAACCAGGACCCUCCUGUGGGUGGGUCAUUGUGUGUGUGUGUGGUGAGUUUCAAAAGAAAAAGUGUGUGUGUGAGAGCGAGAGAAAAAUUGUGUGUGUGUGUGUGUGUGUGUGUGUGUGUGUGUGUGUGUGUGUGUGUGUGUGUGUGUGUGUGUGUGUGUGUCUACAGUCAUUCAUUUGCUGUCUGAGCAGAGACGCUGAACAACAUCUGGGGUGAAUCUUCAGCUCUAAAUCCCAACUUUGCUUUUUUUUAUUGUAUUUAUUAAAAGUGCUUUAUUGGAAUAUCAUUUUAGUAUUAUUUAGAUUUUUAUAAAUAUUUUAAAACACUGAAUUUUUACGAUGCGCUGAAAUGUCUUUGAACUUGCACCAACCAUCCACUAUGUUAUUUUCACACUGCAGUCACCUCAGACGUGAAGAGUUUAGGAGGUGGCCUUCGGUGAGCCGGCUCAAAAACGCCUCUACGAUCCAGACUAGAGGGGCCGCGCAGUUCUAGCUGCACGCUACUGUCGUCCUGCAUUUUUUUAACUGUUAAUUUAAGCUCCGACUUUGUUUAAAAACCUAAAUGAAAGCAGGGCGGAGACGUUAUCCAGCUGACUUUGCUGAAUAACCAGAAGUUUGAGACUAAGGUCCUUCAUAUUGUGCAUCAGCUAGAUCUACCAUGCCAUUUUCUUCUGAAGGCGAUGUCUAGGGCUUUAUAGCAGCGCUGCACUCUGACGUUAAGUGAUCUUUGAGGCUUUUUUGUUUGAGUCACCUCAGCCUUAACUCCAAAUCUGGCAUUAGUUGCCUUUUGCUUUGCACAUCUGUCUCACAGCUUUGAAUGUUUGUUAGGUGUUUCCUUCACAUCCACUAGAAGGCCAGAAUGUACGCUGAAUGAACAAAGACCACAUGUUUGUGACUGACGAUGCCUUUUUCCUCUCCUUCUUGCCCUGUUUUGGCUUCUGGUAAUGAGUUAUUUGCCUUCGAUGCCGGCUGUUUGGAUUCAUGGGAAAGUUCUUAUGUGUGUGUGUGUGUUAUCCUGCUCUCCUAGAUGAGGGUAUAGAGGGGUACUAAAGCUAAAUCAGCAGGGGCCAGUCUCCCUGACAGGCCUUUCAGCUUUUAGGAUCAUGAAAAUACAGAAACUGGAGUGUUGGUCGACACCUUCCUGAGCGUCUUCUCCUCUCAGGGCGACUCGCCCCUCUGAGAUGUGAUUGCUACUUUAAGGUUAUACAGUAUUGUACAGAAGAGUUCACUCUGUGAGUGCACAUUUGAUAAAAUUUAUUUAUUUAUAUGUAAACAUUUAAUAAGAAAGACUAUGUAUAUACAAAAAAAAAAAAACAUGGCAAGACCUGAAAUGUUGAGUGGGAGCAGUACACUAGUCUUGUCAGGGAGGGAAUAUUUUUUUAGACGAGGAUAAUUCUGUUGUUUCGGGACUGUUUUUGUUGUAAAAAAUAAAGAUCCAGACGUUCUUGCAUGAAGAGUUGGGGAUUUUGAGGUUUGGCUGCACUUGAGUUCACUUGGGUUUACAUUUGAAAUGUGCAUGUGUAUUUAUACACAAUCUACAAUAAAGUUAUGCAAAGCUUCA